AAUGAUGAAAAGCUAGAGCUCUCCGCACCGCUGGAUGGCCAUCGAUUAGGCAUCGUUUCAGUUGACAUCAACAAAGCCGGUACUAUAGCUGCCUCAGCCAGUCUUGACAACCAGGCAAAAUCACAAAAACUCCUGAGUGUAUUUGAAGGGGAGCCCGCGGAGACGUGGUCAGUAGCCUUCUCUCCCGAUUCGCGGUUCGUUGCUACAGGCAGUAAUGCCGGCACCAUCCACGUUAUCGGCGUUGAGUCGCACAAGCAGGAGAGUUCCAUCGCUCUGGAUGGCAAAUUCAUCUACUGUCUCGCCUAUGUGAGUUUGGGUAGGUCAACCAACUUAUUGGGUCUUCGAUCUCAGGCGAAUGGAAGACUUCAACCAGAGGGCAUUAUCGUUUUAUUAACAUCUUCGCUUUUUCCUUCUAACCACUAUGUCCCAUUCUAUGCUCAAGCUGCUGAGCGUUUCGUAGAGCAAUCCUUGGGCGAAAGAUUUAUGAGACUUUACGGUGCGGAUAAAAGUCCAGACGGUGCACGUAUAGCAGCCGGAUCAAUAACUGGGAUUGUGAGUAUUGUGGAUCUGCGUUCGGGGGCAAUUCUUCCACUGGACGGCCAUGCCACUCCUGUUCGCUCUGUUGCUUUCUCACAUGACGGUCGUCUUGUAGCUUCCACAGCUGAUGACAAGUUGAUUCGCAUCUAUGACGCUCGUGACGGCCGCCUUGUUGUUUCCAGCCUUCAAGGACAUUCCUCUUGGGUAGUAUCCUCCACCUUCAGUCCCGACAGUAAGCGUUUGGCCACUGCUUCCGCCGACAGGACUGUUCGAAUUUGGGAUAUCGCUGCGAAAGCUGAAGAAUAUCAAUCUAGCAGCCACGAGGAUCAGGUUUGGUCGGUACGUUACAACAACGAUGGCAGCAGACUUCUCUCGGUGGGGGGUGAUGGAAGUAUCGUUGUGUACUCUUGCCCAUGA